GAAAGGUCCCUCAAAUGCCCUAAUUUCACAAUUUUGACCUCCUUCCCCUUUCCUUCCUCUAUCCAAAUUCCCCAUCUCUCAUCAAAUUCAUCAAAUUCUAUCUACAAACUUAGAACUUUCCGGUUCCCCUUCCGAUUCCCUACUGCCCAGUUCUGCAAAGGUCCAGAUUUUCAUCUGGGCUCUUGGUCGGUAUCCCCAGUUCACAUUCGUUGUUUAGUAUUUCACUGGGGAAGGGUUCUUGUAGCAUUUUUCCCUCUGUCCCUUCAUCACGGAGCAGAGAGAGUAAGGUUAAUCAAUGUUUGCCUGCAUUUCUUACAGUUGGGAGAAAAGAUAGAUUAAUCUCUUUGAGACGCAGACCUUGUUUGAGUGUAGGAACUUCUCUUGCUCAUGGACAAAAGUCAAAAUUAUUUAAAAUAACCGCUUUCAAAGGCAGCAAUCAACGUGAUGAAUCUGGUGGCAGAGCUAAUGGCUCGAAAGCAUUAUAUAAUCACGUCAAAGUUUCUUAUUUGCAACAUGAGAGUGAAGAGUCCUCUGUGGAAUCUUCAAAGGUACAAGAUAUUGUACCUGCUCCUUAUACAGCAUCGGAUGACACUACAAAUAGGUCAAUGGCUAUACGAAAUUUAUUUAUGAAGUGGCUAACGUUACUUAGUACACCGUCACAUACACGAGAGUUCAAUGGAGCUCUGGGAGAACCUUCUCCAGUGAAAACGUCAGAAAUGGCCGACACUCUGCAAAAGCAAGAAAAAGCUGAAAUUUUUAAGGCGGUGUUGUGCUACUUUUGGGGGUUAGGUGCAACAAUAAAGAUACCCUUGCUAGUGUUCACCCCUGUUUACAUUGCAGUCAACAUUAUGUACGGAUCUGAGGUAUCGAAAGAAUUAACCCCCCUUUGGAUUAUGGGACCGUUGAUUACGGCUCUUAACGUGAAGAUUUUCAGCGCAAUAUUUGGGUUCUAUGUGUUUGCAUUCAAGCAGAUGUUCAAAAUAGUGAUGAAAAUACCCGUUUACUCUUUGCUCGUGCACCAGUACAUUUUUCAGGGGAAACUUAAAGAAACAAUGCUGGUAUACAUAUGGGGUCAGCCUUUGGAAGUUAUAAAUAACACGGACAGGAACGUGUUACUCGGGAAAAGAAUCGAGGAUCUUCGAGGAUGGUUGUAUGAGAGUUACCUCGAUUUUUGCGACUUUAUGUGGCCCUUUUACAGAAAACUGCUCAAGGUUAUGAGGAAGUGUCAUCUUUUAUAGAUGGAGUAUUUUUCUUUCAAGAGAUUUUUCCAGUUUGCAUCAAUGAAUUACAGCCUUUUUUUUUUAUUUAAUUCAUUUCCCCCUUGUGAGAGGAANAAUGUGGUACUCCUUUUG